CAUACGAAUGACUUGUAUUUUGCAAAUUAUAAUUAUUUAUAUUAUAAAUAACUAUGAUUAAGAACAUUUUUGCAGUUUUGUUAUGUUGUUUUGCUUUAACGUUAAAUUUAAAAACAAUCGAAUCAGCAGGCAACAGCAAGAUAUAUCCUACACGAUUUAUCGUUCCAACAACUCAUAGAAACUAUUUACGUGCCGUAAACAAUGUAGAAACGUUCAAUAAACGUCCAAAAAUUGUUAUCACACAAGAAGACGAGGUAAAUCUGUCAACAAGUUUUUGUGGCAGUAUACAAGAAUACCAUGCAAAAUUAAAAAGUCACGAAAAAUUAGAGAAAAAAGGGCGGGACAUCAAAUGCAGCUUUUCUGUGAUUGCACAAACAAACAUAUUGUGGUUGAAGAACUUUGUUGAAAAGUUAAAAAACGGAGAACCUUUCAGAAAUAGCUUGCCUGUUAUAGAACGUCUAAAAAUGGAAGCCGAAUUGAUGGUUGUAUUAUUUCCGGUUGGAGAUUUACAAAUGGGCAAAUGGCUUUGGAGUUAUAUUAUGAAAAUCGUCGCCAUCAGACAGUACGAUGACAAUAAACUCUAUAUCCACGAAAACCCUUUCGAAGACGACCAAAUGCCACACGGUGUUUCAGAUUUCAUCGAAAAUUGUAUCGCUGAAAAAUACCUACCACCGACUGUAAUGGAACCUGAUUUUGUUACGAAAAACAAGAGAAAAUCCGAUAAAAUGUUUACCGAUCUAAGUAGUUCCAGAUGGUUUAGAAACUCGAAUGCUUUAGGUCCACUCGACCGUAAUUACAACGCACUGAUAGACGUUUUAUAUCUGAAACCAUUUUGGGAAGACGAAAGACAAUUGUUGUUCAGAGGAGGGACCAUCACCCAGGGGUUCAAUGUCGAUUGGAGUAGGGUGAGACAACGACAUCGGAACGAAUGGUUAUAACCAGAACAUUUGUAGAAAAUCGCACUUGGAUUUCCAAUCCGUACGGUCGGCUCGAUCACCAACACUUGUUGAUCAAAAUUAUCGACGCUACGUUUUAUUGCUACAUUUCGGUUAUAAUAUAUGUUUAUGAAAAACUCUUACCUAUACUCAACGAACCGACGCUAAAAGAAAUAAAAAAACUUAUUAACGACGUUAUCGUUAAAGCAUUGAAUAUGUCAAUCAAAGAAGAAUUCCUAUUGGAUAUUUCAUCAGAACUCGUCUUUUUACAAGUGAGGAAUAUCGACGUCGUAAAAGGCGUAUUAGCAAGUGUGAGGGCAAAGGCCAAUGGGAUCCUGAACGAUUUAAACGGUUCUAACACAAAUGGAAUCGAUUGGUUCAGUUUUAACGUUAACGAAGGUCAACUUUCGAACGACAGCUUGAUAAAGACAAUCAUUUUAGAUUUCCAAUCCUAUUUAAACGAAUUAAAUAGCUACUACUUCCCGUUCGAACAUAAAACGCUUUUGCAUUUUAUGGAUGUAGUUUAAUUGACAGCCGCUCAAUAUAUUUAAAUUUUAAA